CCGGAAGUACAUUUUUUGUAUCGCUGACGGACGCUGAUGCUAGAUAGCUAGCUAGCUAGCUAGCCUGAAACUUUCGGAAUUAUUAUUUCGUAGAUUUUUAUUUGUAAACAAUUUCAAAUGGAUAUAGAGGGUGGUACAUAUGAACCAGGAUUCGUUGGGAUCCGAUUUUGUCAAGAAUGGUAAGAGCGCAUGGCUAUAAAGAAGUUAGAAGAUGCAUAACUAACGUUAGUAAGUUAGUAGCUAGAUAACGUUAUGCCUGCUAGCUAAAGACUAGCUAGGAGCUAUGUCAUCUUGUCGCUAUCUUCUUCUCUGACAGGAACAGGAUAGUCUACCUAGCUAUAAUGUUAUAACAAAAUUGUUCCAUUCUGUUUCAGCAACAACAUGUUGUAUCCCAAAGAAGACAAGGAGAAUCGCAUCCUGCUCUAUGCAGUAAGUGUCAUGACUGGUGUUCAUUCAUACCCACUCCAAAUGGCUUAGCUAGCUAGUUUCAUGCACUACCGUAUUGGUUUGGAAGUGUUUGGGCAUUCAAUUGUUUAACAAGUAAAUGCAUGAAUGUAGUAGCCAUUUUUGAAUGUUGUGUGUUUCUCAACAGUGCAGAAACUGUGACUAUCAACAAGAAGCAGACAACAGCUGCAUCUAUGUCAACAAGAUCACCCACGAGGUUGAGUAAGUCAAAUCAAAUUGUAUUUGUCACAUACACGUGUUUAACAGAUGUUAUAGCGGGUGUAGCGAAAUGCUUGUGCUUCUAGCUCCUACAGUGCAGUAAUAUAUAACAAGUAUUAUCUAACAAUUUCACAACAUAUACCCAAUACACACAAAACUAGUAAGGAAUGGAAUUUAAGAAAAUAUACAGAUAUAUUGUCAAGCAAUGACAGAGCGGCAUGGACUAAGAUACAGUAGAAUAUUAUAGAAUAGAAUGCAGUAUAUACAUAUGAGAUGAGUAGUGCAAGAUAUGUAAACAUUAUUAAAGUGACUAGUGUUCCAUUUCUUAAAGUGGCCAGUGAUUUCAAUAGGCAGCAGCAGCCUCUAAUGUGCUAGUGAUGGCUAUUUAACAGUCUGAUGGCCUUGAGAUAAAAGCUGUUUUUCAUUCUCUCGGUCCCAGCUUUGAUGCACCUGUACUGACCUCGCCUUCUGGAUGAUAGCGGGGUGAACAGGCAGUGGCUCGGGUGGUUGAUGUCCUUGAUGAUCUUUUUGGCCUUCCUGUGACAUCGGGUGCUGUAUGUGUCUUGGAGGGCGGGUAGUUUGCCCCCGGUAAUGCGUUCGGCAGACCGCACCACCCUCUGGAGAACCCUGCGGUUGCGGGCGGUGCAGUUGCCGUACCAGGCGGUGAUAAAGCCUGACAGGAUGCUCUCAAUUCUGCAUCUGUAAAAGUUUGUGAGGGUUUUAGGUGCCAAGCCAAAUUACUUCAGCCUCCUGAGGUUGAAGAGGCUCUGUUGCGCCUUCUUCACCACACUGUCUGCGUGGGUGGACCAUUUCAGUUUGUCAGUGAUGUGUACGCCAAGGAACUUGAAGCUUUCCACCUUUUCCACUGCGGUCCCGUCGAUGUGGAUAGGGGGGUGCACCCUCUGCUGUUUCCUGAAGUCCACGAUCAUCUCCUUUGUUUUGUUGACGUUGAGUGAGAGGUUAUUUUCCUGGCACCACACUCCCAGAGCCCUCACCUCCUCCCUGCUUGCGGUCUCGUCAUUGUUGGUAAUCAAGCCUACUACUGUUGUGUAAUCUGCAAACUUGAUGAUUGAGUUGGAGGCGUGCUUGGCCACGCAGUCAUGGGUGAACAGGGAGUACAGGAGGGGGCUGAGCGCGCACCCUUGUGGGGCCCCAGUGUUGAGGAUCAGCGAAGUGGAGAUGUUGUUUCCUACCUUCACCCCCCGGGGGAGGCCCGUCAGGAAGUCCAGGACCAAGUUGCACAGGGUGGGGUUCAGACCCAGGGCCUCGAGCUUAAUGAUGAGCUUGGAGGGUACUAUGGUGUUGAAUGCUGAGCUGUAGUCAAUGAACAGCAUUCUUACAUAGGUAUUCCUCUUGUCCAGAUGGGAUAGGGCAGUGUGCAGUGUGAUGGCGUUUGCAUCGUCUGUGGAUCUAUUGGGGUGGUAAGCAAAUUGAAGUGGGUCUAGGGUGACAGGUAAGGUAGAGGUGAUAUGAUCCUUUACUAGUCUCUCAAAGCACUUCAUGAUGACAGAGGUGAGUGCUACAGGGCGAUAGUCAUUUAGUUCAGUUACCUUUGCUUUCUUGGGUACAGGAACAAUGGUGGCCAUCUUGAAGCAUGUGGGAACAGUAGACUGGGAAAGGGAGAGAUUGAAUAUGUCCAUAAACACACCAGCCAGCUAGUCCUUAGCACGGGUAUUUCCUGUUUGAGUUUCUGCCUAUAGAAAGGGAGGAGCAAAAUGGAGUCGUGGUCAGAUUUGCUGAAAGGAGGGCGGGGGAGGGCCUUAUAACCAUCCCGGAAGUUCGAAUAGCAAUGGUCGAGGAUUUUGGCAGCGCGAGUACAACAGUCGAUAUGUUGAUAGAACUUCGGCAGCCUAGUCCACAAAUUGCUUUGUUAAAAUCCCCGGCAUUUGAUUGUGAGAUAUUGUAGGUCGGGUGAACAAAAGGACUCGAGUUCCUGUAUGUUACUACAAUUACACCAUGAGUCGUUAAUCAUGAAACACACACCUCCGCCCUUCUGCUUCCCGGAGAGAUAUUUAUUCCUGUCUGCGCGAUGAACUGAGAACCCCUCUGGCUGGACCGAAUUCGACAGAAUAUUCCAAGAGAGCCAUGUUUCCGUGAAACAAAGUAUGUUACAGGCCUUGAUGUCUCUCUGGAAAGAAAUCCUUGCCCGGAGUUCGUCGACCUUGUUAACCAGAGACUGAACAUUAGCGAGUAGUAUACUUGGAAGCGGUGGGUGGUGUGCGCGCCUCCUAAGUCGAACCAGCAGGCCGCUCCGAGUGCCUCUCCUACGCCGCCAAUGUUUUGGGUCAGCUACUGGAAUCAGUUCAGUUGCCCUGGGGAGAGCAAACAAAGGAUCUGCUUCGGGAAAGUCGUAUUCCUGGUCGUAAUGCUGGUGAGUUACCGCCACUCUGAUAUCCAAUAGUUUUCCCCGGCUGUAUGUAAUGACACAAAACACUUUCUGAGCUAAUAAUGUACAAAAUAAUACAUUUAAAAAAUAAAGAAAUACUGCAAAGUUUCCUAAGAGCUAGUCGCCAGGCCGCCAUCUUCGUCGGCGCCAGGUACAAAAAAAAAAAAAAGGUUAUCCCUAUUUCUUAUGCUCAGACACUCAAAUAUACCUCUGUCAUGGGCAAUUAGGUCAUCUCUCUCUCAUCUCUCUCUCAUUUGAGUCUGCUCCCUGUCUCCCUCUCCCGCUGAGUCUGACUCGCUAGUAGGCCUACUAGCAAGUGGAGGUGCCGGUGGUGAUGCUGAACUGGCGGGAUUAGAAUCGCCAUCAGGAACAGUUUGCCCCUCACUCCUCUCCUCCGGCACUGACAGUUCUCUGGCUCGUUCUGGGUUUGAUUCACCAUCUUUCUCUGGAUCUUUGGACUUGAAAAAUGUCAAACUCAAUUGCCUUUUCUUAUAAAAAAAAUGUAUUUUGCUUUCCCACAAUUACAAUUCUGUAAGGAGACGACUAAACUAGACUACGUGACGUGAUUACAUAGGGACCUAUUCACUAGCUGACCACCACUACCAAGACCUGUGUCGAGAUCAGUUACUUACCCCACUGGCCCUCCCCAUAACCUCUAUGUACAAAUAAGAGAGCAGGUCUGGAAUCCGUGUGGCAGGAUAGGAUAAUUACAUAGAAGGAUCACCGCGCUUUUACAUGAUGGUCUUUCUGGGGGGCGGGAGAAAUAACGAGGAGGCAACUUGAUUUAAUGCUGAUCGCUUUUUAUUAGAAUAUCUACAGUGCGAAUAGUUAAAUAAUUAAUAAAUCAUGUCGCGAGAGGUACCGGAUCUGGGCAAAUAAGUGCCAGAACAAACAAAGUCAAAUCUGAGAGGUGCCGGAUCCGGCUCAAAUUAAGCACUGCUCAUCUCUCUCUCACACCUCUCUGUCUCUUCUCUCUCUCUGUCUCUUCUCUCUCUCUGUCUCCUCUCUCUGUCUCUUCUGUCUCUUCUCUCUCUGUCUCUUCUCUGUCUCUUCUCUGCCUCUCUCUUCUCUGUCUAUUCUCUCUGUCUCUUCUCGCUCUCAUCUGUCUCACCUCUCGGUCUCACCUCUCUGUCUCUUCUCUCCUCAGUGAGCUGACUCAGAUCAUUGCAGAUGUGUCCCAGGAUCCAACGCUACCUCGGACAGAAGAUCACCCCUGCCCAAAGUGAGGGUGAACAACACAAACACACUCAAACAAACCCUCUUUCUCCAUCUCCCUCCUCUAGCUCUCUGAAAUCAGGCAAUUUCUCCACACUAUUUCUAUUCACAAACUAUCUCUAUCAAUUCAAAAUAAUUUACAGAAACUUCCAGAUAAAUCUAAAAUGUAUCUUGUCCCUCUCUUUUCAGGUGCGGCCACAAGGAGGCAGUGUUUUUCCAGUCUCACAGUAUGAAGGCUGAGGUACGUUGCAGUUUUUUCAUCAUAGAACAUCCUCUGUCCCCAAAGAGUUGCUAAAUUUAGAAAUACUUGAGUGUUCUAGAGUCCACUGAGCUAUAUGGAGACAUUGGUAUGUGGUGUAUAUGAAAGUUACUGCUUUAUUUUCUAUGUAGGAUGCCAUGAGGCUGUACUAUGUCUGCACGGCCCCUCACUGUGGACACCGCUGGACGGAGUGAGGAAGAGGAGGACUGAUGUAUGCAUCCACAGUCUCUGCUGUUGCCCAACAGGCCACUAUGUCUCACUGGGGUUCACUGUGGCUUAAAUCAGAAAGACUGAUGGUUAUGUGGGUCUAAAAUAUUCUGCCAAAUCGGACAUUUUAUUUACAGGAAUACUAACUUUGUAUGUUAGUUCUUCAUCAUCUUGUUGGAGUGUACGUAGAGGCACUGCUAAGAUUUGUGUGGACCAUUUAAAUCCCAUUUAUUAUCUUGUGGAGGAACACCUGUUGGGACAUAAUUGUGUUAAUGUAUUGUCUCUAGUACUUUUUACAGGUAUUUGUAUUGUUAGUUUUUUUUAGAACUCAGAAAUUAAAAAAAGUCAAACUUU